GCGCGAUUCAACCCAUUCAUCCUACCCCUACUGCUCUUCGCCAUCAACGGUCCCUCCCCUCCCCCAUCUCACUUUUUGUUUUGUACACUAGACUUUUUUCAAUUGUGUCUAUCCUAUCCAUCGAGGUGUUCGAACCACCCAUUCCGUUGUCUUGCGCAUCUUGCCCCUUCGCACGGGAGACAAUUUCAGCAAACACCCCCAAAGCCAAAUUUAUACUGUCUCUCCCUUGUUCGAUCUGUACACAACGACCAUGGUGGGCUUAGUAUCGGCGGCCGGUCUGGUCGGCUUCCUGUCCGAACCUGAUCCGGAGCUCAGAAGCUUUGCUUUGAAGCAGCUGGACACGCAGGUCGAUUUGUUGUGGACGGAAAUCGCCAAUUCUCUUGGUGAGAUUGAGGCCCUUUACGAAGAUGAUACCUUCCCAGACCGGGAACUCGCAGCUAUCGUCGCAUCCAAAGUGUACUACCACCUGCAAGAAUACAACGAGAGCAUGGCCUUUGCUUUGGGAGCUGGACAGUACUUCAACCUAGACAACGCAGGCGAGUACGAAGAUACAAUCAUCUCGAAAUGUGUCGAUACGUUCAUCGCCUUGUCCGCCAGCAGGGAUCCCACCCUGGCCGCCGCCACUGCUGGCGCGCAGCCUCAGCUCGACACAGCUUUCGGUCAAGGAGGGGAUGGUGCCGCCAGCAUGUCUGCCAGCUUGACAUCUCCAGUCACUCCUUUCUCCCAAUCCGUCCUGCCAUCGAAGUCCCUCCUAUCGAGACAAAACACGGCGACUUUCGAUCCUACACAAGCCGGAGCUGAAGUUACCCAACUCGGGUCUCCAGAAGCCAUAAUCCAGCAACGUGGCCUUCAGAAAGCCUUGACUCGUGUCGUUGAAUCCCUCUUCGAGAAAUGUUUCCAGGAGAAGCGGUAUCGCCAAGUUGUUGGCAUCGCUCUGGAGGCACGAAAUCUCGGCAUCCUGCGAAGAGUCAUCAAACGAGCCGCCGAGGAUGAAACCAAAGAGGAUGGAGAAGCUACAAAGAAGGGUGAAGAGUUGAUGGAUUAUGUUCUCGAGAUCUGUAUGAGCGUCGUACAAGAGCGAGGCCUGCGGAAUGAAAUACUCAAGAUGAUUCUCGAGUUACUCAACGACAUUCCCUCCCCGGACUACUUCGCCAUUGCAAAAUGCGUCGUCUAUCUCGAUCAACAUUCUCUGGCCUCAAACAUCCUACGACAAUUGGUCAACAAGGGAGAUGCCCGCUCGUUAGCGGUCGCCUACCAAAUUUCCUUCGAUUUGUACGACAACAGCACGCAAGAGUUUCUACAAAAGGUUCGAGAAGAGCUCGCAGAGAUGCUACCGAAAGAGGACAAGACUUCCGAAUCGGAUACAUCAAAGCCGGACAAAAUGGUGGAAGACAAGGUAGAAGACCAGCUACAACAAGAAUUGCAAGAUUCGGCAGGCGCACCCGCACCCUCGAAAUCCUCCAACUCAACAACUCCCGAACAACAAGACGCAGUCAAAAAGAUCAGAGACAUCCUUGAUGGGCUCACCUCUAUACACCUGAAUGUUGAGUUCCUCCACCAAGCGAACCGUGUGGAUUACUCAAUCCUGUCGAAAGUUAAAGAUAGUUUAGAGGCCCGAUACUCGAUAUACCACUCGGCAGUGACGAUAUGUGCUGGGUUCAUGCACGCCAAAACAGCCACCGAUAGUUUCUUCAGACAAAAUCUGGAAUGGCUGGGCAAGGCCGUCAACUGGUCCAAAUUCACUGCUACGGCUGUAUUUGGAGUCAUCCACCAGGGUAAUAUCAACCAGGCUCAGCGACUGCUGACUCCCUACCUGCCAAAGGCUGGAGGUGUGACUAGUUCUCAUGAUUCUCCAUACAGCCAGGGCGGAUCUCUUUACGCCUAUGGAUUGCUCUGCGCCAACCACAAAGGCAAAGCUGUUGACUUCAUCCGGGAAAAGUUCAAGGAAGCCACGGAGGAAGUCGUGCAGCAUGGUGGUGCUUUAGGCUUGGGUGUUGCUGGCAUGGCCUCUGGAGAUGAAGCUGUCUUUGAGGAUCUUCGGAAUGUUCUCUGGGCUGAUUCUGCCAUCAACGGUGAAGCUGUCGGUCUGGCAAUGGGUCUCGUCAUGUUGGGCUCAGGCAAUACCAAAGUCUUGUCUGACAUGAUUCAACAUGCCCACGAUACUCAACACGACAAGAUUGUCCGGGGUCUUGCUGUUGGCAUGGCCUUGAUCAUGUAUGGUCGUCAGGAAGGUGCCGAUGAACUCAUUCAAGGUUUACUCAAUGAUACCGAUCCUACCAUGAGGUACGGAGGUAUCUUGACCAUUGCUAUGGCUUACGUCGGAACCGGCAGCAACAAGGCUGUGCGGAAAUUGCUACACGUUGCUGUCAGUGAUGUCAGCGACGACGUUCGACGUAUCGCUGUCUUGAGUUUGGGCUUCAUUCUCUUCCGCAAGCACAGCAGUGUGCCCAGAAUGGUGGAGCUUCUUGCCGAAUCCUACAAUCCUCACGUCCGGUAUGGAGCCGCCAUGGCUUUGGGUAUCUCUUGCGCCGGCACUGGCCUUGCUGAAGCCAUCGAUCUGUUGGAGCCUAUGUUGAAGGAUCCUACCGAUUUCGUCCGACAGGGUGCUCUGAUUGCUCUUGCCAUGGUUUUGGUGCAACAAAAUGAAGCCAUGAACUCGAAGGUGGUCUCAAUUCGCAAGCAAAUGCUCAAGAUCAUCGCCGAUCGACAUGAAGACGCCAUGUGUAAAUUCGGAUGUGCUAUGGCUUUGGGUAUCAUUGAUGCUGGUGGCCGAAAUUGCACCAUCAGCCUGCAAACGCAGACUGGUAACUUGAACAUGCUGGGAAUCGUCGGUGCUGUUGUCUUUACACAGUACUGGUACUGGUUCCCACUUGCGCACUUCCUGUCAUUGUCGCUGACACCUACUGCGGUUAUUGCGAUUGACCAGAAAUUGGAGGCCCCAGUCUUCAAGUUUCACUGCAACACUCGACCAAGUCUGUUUGACUAUCCUCCUGAACAAGUCACCAAGGCGGACGAAGCGCCGGAGAAGGUCAAGACUGCUGUUCUCAGUACUACCGCUCAGGCACGCAGACGUGCGGCUAAGAAAGAGAAGCAGCAAAGAAGAGACAGCAUGGACGUUGACACGGCGACGCCGGUGACACCAAGAGUUGAAAAGGGUGAUAAAAUGGACACGGAUGAGCCGGCAGUCAAGGAGGAAGAGGGUAAGAAGAAGGAGGGAGAAGCUACUGAGGUGAAGAAAAAGGCCGAGAAGGAGAAGGUCGGUUAUGACAUGUCCAACAUGUCGAGAGUGCUUCCGGCUCAAGUGAAGUAUUUGACAUUCCCGGAUCAGCGGUACCAGCCCGUCAAGCAAGCCACCGGUGGUGUGAUGGUGGUUCUUGAUACGGAGCCAGAGAAGGAGCGCGAGGUUAUUCCUCUUCUCGUCAGUAAGGUCGAACCUCCUGCUGCUCCCGCCGCUGGUCGAACGCCUGGAGGUGCUGCCAGUCAAGCAACCCCAGAGACUCCCGCACGACAGAUCACCGGGUCUGGUGCUGCCGCGGCAGUUGGAGUAUUGACUGCAAUUGACGAGGACGAGGAAGGAACUGAAGAAGCUCCUUGUCCAGCGGAGUUCGACUACGAGACUGAUUCUGAAGAACAAGCAGAGUAGUUUCGUACAGGGAGACAGUCGCCUUUAAUCAGCCGAACCUGGCUUACCGAAAAAUCGAGAGAAGCCGUGUAGGAUCAAUGUAAUUUUUUUCUGCUUUCUUUUCACAAAGCGCAAAAGAUUUCAAAAAUAGGGUAGUAGUGGGAGAGAUGUGAUAGGGAAAAGGAUAGAUUAUAUUGCAUUCUUUUCUUGUUGCGACUCCUCCUGUGCCUCGGGUUUCUUUCUCCUGAUCUUUCUAGGUGCAUCAUUCACAAAGAAAGAAGAGAGCACAGGCUAUACAUUGUUGGCG